AUGGCUUCCAUUUCUCCUUCUCUUUUUUCUCUCUUCCUCUUCUUCCCUUUCUUUUCAGGUGUAAAUUCAGCAACUUUCACUAUUUUAAAUCAAUGUGAUUAUACAGUUUGGCCGGGAGUUUUGUCCGGCGCCGGUACAUCACAGCUCUCCACCACCGGCUUCGUCCUGCAGACAGGACAGUCCAACGCCCUCACCAUGCCGCCGGGAUGGUCCGGCCGCAUCUGGGGCCGCACUUAUUGCUCCCAAGAUGCCGCCGGCAGAUUCUCCUGCAUCACGGCCGACUGCGGCACGGGCACUGUGGAAUGCAACGGUGCUGGUGCUACCCCGCCUGCCACCCUUGCCGAGUUCACUCUCAAUGGUGCGGGAGGGCUUGAUUUUUACGAUGUCAGUCUCGUCGAUGGCUACAACGUUCCUAUGCUAAUAACUCCACAAGAUGGAACCGGUGGGGGAAAUUGCACAGUGAUUGGGUGUGCGACAGACUUAAAUAGCAAAUGUCCAACAGAAUUAAGAGUGGUGGCGAGCGAUGCUGGUGGACAAAGUGUAGCAUGUAAGAGCGCUUGUGGGGCAUUUGGUGACGCUCAAUAUUGUUGUAGUGGUGAUUAUGGGAACCCAAACACUUGUCGACCGUCAUCUUAUUCAGAGUUCUUCAAGUCCGCAUGCCCUCAAGCUUAUAGUUAUGCCUAUGAUGACGGAACUAGCACAUUCACUUGCACUGCUGCCAAUUACCUCAUCACUUUUUGUCCUUCUCUUUCAACUAGUUUGAAAUCAUCAAACGGGCAGUACCCACGGGCAGUGGACGUCUCAAGAGUUGAGCUUUCGGGCAGACCGUCAACGUCAGUAGCCGUUAUCUCCAUCGUGACGGCAGCUCUAAGUCGGCGAUUUUUGCGUCUCUUUUAAACCUUCACCACUCGCCAUUGGGCCCAUCGGCCCAUUAUUGGGCCCAUUUAGCAUGGAAUUUUAGAUAGAUCCAUGCACACAUUUUUUGAUUUUAGUUUUUGUUGUAUAAUGUAUAGUAUUAGAUUUUGAGGUUUUUUUUUCUUUUUUUAAAUUAAAAAAAUCCUUUUUAAUUUUGGGAAAAUUCCAAUUUUUUUUAAAUCAAAAUUGGCCUGUGCCUUUUCUAGAGGAUAG